CCAUGUCUGGGAUCCAGGCCGCCUGGUCGCCAGGCACAGAGUGUGUAGCAAAGUACAACUUCCAGUCCACCAAUGAAGAGGACCUGCCUUUCUGUAAAGGAGAUGUGCUCACCAUCAUAGCUGUCACUAGGGAUCCAAACUGGUACAAAGCUAAAAACACAGUGGGCCGAGUGGGCACCAUCCCUGCUAACUACGUCCAGAAGAGGGAAGGGGUCAAGUCUGGAGGGAAGCUGAGCCUCAUGCCAUGGUUCCAUGGGAAGAUCCCGCGGGAGCAGGCGGAGCGUCUCCUCUACCCCCCGGAGACGGGGCUGUUCCUGGUGAGGGAGAGCACCAACUACCCCGGGGACUACACCCUGUGUGUGAGCUGCGACGGCAAGGUGGAGCACUACCGCAUCAUCUACCACAACGGCAAGCUCACCAUCGACGAAGAGGAGUACUUUGAGAACCUCAUGCAGUUAGUGGAGCAUUACACCAAAGACGCAGACGGACUCUGUACGAGACUCAUCAAGCCCAAAGUGAUGGAGGGGACAGUGGCGGCCCAGGAUGAGUUCUCCAGGAGUGGCUGGGCCCUGAACAGGAAGGAGCUCAAGCUUCUGCAGACCAUUGGUAAAGGGGAGUUUGGAGAUGUGAUGGUCGGGGACUACAGGGGUACCAAGGUAGCGGUGAAGUGCAUCAAACACGACGCCACAGCACAGGCCUUCAUCGCAGAGGCCUCCGUCAUGACGCAGCUGAGACACAACAACCUGGUCCAGCUGCUGGGGGUGAUUCUGGAGGAGAGGGGCAGCCUGUACAUCGUCACCGAGUACAUGGCCAAGGGCAGUCUAGUGGACUACUUGCGGUCUCGAGGCCGAACUGUGCUGGAUGGGGACUGCUUACUGAAAUUCUCACUUGAUGUGUGUGAAGCCAUGGACUACCUGGAGGCCGCCAACUUUGUCCACCGAGACCUGGCAGCGCGCAACGUGCUGGUUUCCGAUGACAACAUCGCCAAGGUCAGCGACUUUGGCCUGACCAAAGAGGCGUCGUCCACACAGGACACGGCCAAGCUGCCCGUCAAGUGGACCUCCCCAGAGGCCCUGAGAGAGAAGAGGUUUUCCACCAAGUCAGAUGUGUGGAGCUAUGGUAUCCUGCUAUGGGAGAUCUACUCCUUUGGCCGUGUGCCUUACCCCAGAAUUCCCCUGAAGGAGGUGGUGCCUCGUGUGGAGAAGGGCUACAAGAUGGACGCCCCGGACGGCUGCCCCCCCGUGGUGUAUGACCUGAUGAAGCAGUGCUGGACCCUGGACGCCGCUGUGCGACCCUCCUUCCGCAUGCUGCGGGAGAAGCUGCAUCAUAUCAGAUCCAAGGAGCUCUACCUGUGAGCCUGACGGACAGGACACGCAGCCUAUCACAGCCCUGCCUGGAGGGAGAGGGGAGGGGCAGAGAGGAAGGGGGGGGGGUCAACUGGAGCUGGCCACGCCUGUGUCCGACUGACUGUCCGACUGACUGCCUAACUGGCUCGCUUACUUCUGGAUCACAACCCCACCACUCCUUCCACCCCCACACCUGAGUCUAAGGGGCCCUGUGCUGAGCCCCCUCCCUCUCUUCCUGACUCAAACCCCCCCUCCUCUCUCCCUCCUCCACCGAGAUGAAGAGACCUUUAACUGGACGUGUUGUAGAGCCGCUUCUCCCCCGCUUCCUCGUCUCAUCUCUCGUUCCCCCCCCCCCCCCCCUUCCCCCCCCCCCCCCCACGUCAACCUGUUCAUCCCACCAUUUCUGCAGUGGCUCGAUCGUCCUCUCCUCCGAAGAUCCCUCGCUUUUUUUUCUUCCUCCCCCCAAAAACUGGGACAAUAAAGGAGUGAAGGCUGGUCUUUUCCUCCACGUUUGUCAAAUGUCCCUCUCUCUCUCUCUCUCUCUCCUACCUAUCUCAUCCUCUCUUUCUCCCCGCAUCACUUCUGCAUGCUUUCAUCCCCUCCAUCUCUCCGCCUGUCCUCUGGUGUGUGUGGGGCCGUUGCUCUGUGCCAAAGUGCCUCCAGUAGACCAGGCUCCUGACUCAGCCUCCAGCACACUCCUCCUCCAACUCGGGACUCCUCACUUUGUGUUUGUUUCGUUUUUUUUAUUACUUUUUUUAAGAGAGAAAAAAAAUCAUUUUUUUUUUUUUAUUGUUGUUGUAUUUCUGGUUAGGAGGGCAAGAAUGGGGGUUUAAUGUGCCGUCACCUUUUGGAACAAGUUUAUUUUUCGUCCCUCUCUGCAUUCCCUACAAGAGAAACUGAAAAAGAGAGAGAGAGAGAGAGAGAGAGAGAGAGGGGAAGCACUCCCAGUAAACGUGCUCAUCUCUCCAGCUGCUCUCCUCUCUCCAAGCAAACCAACAGAACACAGGAGCAGAGGAUUGUGUGUGGGGGGGUGUUGGUCACAACAUGGUAGAUUCAUCAUCUGUUGGCUUGUUUUAUAUUAAAUAUAUUUAAAGGAACAAAAAAUUAAUAAAAGAACAACAAAUUCAUAUAAGAAAAUAAAAAAAGACUUGUGG